AGCAUCUGUCCCUGUGGCCAUGGAGUGUCACUCCACCAGCGUGUGCACUGCCCAAAGGCUGGCCCUGUUCAGGGUAGAAUUUGCCCCUGUGCCAAGCUCUGGCAGCUUAAGGUGUUACUUGUCUAAUGAAUGAAUGAAAAUGAGGUGUCUGACACUGUCCUCCUUCCCUACCCAGCUCUCAGCUAUACCUCAUCACCAGGAAUGGCGUGAGGAGCCUCAGACAUGUCCCUGGCCCUUCUGAGGCCCAGUCCUGUACUGGUGAGGAAGUGUCCUACACCUGGGGCUGGCGGCUGUGCACUGAAGUGACCUGGCCGGUGCCUGGCCAGCCCUACGUGCUCUCAUUGCCUGUGUUUGCGGCCGUGACGCUGCAGAAGCGGGACCCGGGGCUCCGACAGUAUCUGCUGGAAGCUGCGUAUACCCUGCAGCCCCAGAAGGACAGCUGGUUCCCUCAAGAAGCCACAGCCCACAUCUUCAUGGGCACGCCGGGGUCAGAAGUGCCAAGGGAUGUCGGGGUGGACGUCAGCUACAGCUUGCCCCAGAGCAAGUUCCGGCUCAAGCUUCUCCAUCCCAAGAAGAAAAUCAAGCUGGACGGAAAGAUGGAGGCUCUUGGGAGUGCCCACGUGGGUCACUUGGAGUUGAUACUGGAUGACAGGGAUGUCUACUACAUCAAGGGCUGGAGUGACCUGCAGCCAGCCGUGGGUGGUGAGGCCGAGUGGUUCCAGGCGCAGCUGGAGGUGAAACUGGUGACGGGGGGCAGCCCCAUUGUCUUUGCCGGGAACGUCACACGGCAGGCGGGCAGCAAGCUGGCCUUCUCCGCAUGGCUGAGCCAUCCACUGAGUGACCAGGCCCACGUGACAGCACUGCUGGAGAGGAAGGAGGAGGAUGGGAGGUGGGUGGCCACCCUGGGUGCCGAGCUCUUCGUGCCAGGUCUGGUGGGGCUGCGUGCCAUUGGCCUGCUGCAGCAAUGGGACCGGCUCUGGACCAACUACCUGAGGAUCCAGUACAGCCUUCUGGGUCAGGCGAAGCAGCCGACACACGAGUGUAGCACCAGCCAGAAGCUGCAGGCAGAGAGCAGCUCGAAUGGCGCCUACAGGCUGGUGCUGGGCCACGAGCUCCACUGCACACAGAUCCCAGCCUUCAGCCACAAGGUCCAGCUCUGGCACGAGGAGGACUCGGGCCACCUGCACUCACAGCUGGAGGUGAGCUACGGGAAGCACUGGGACAAGAACAGCAACAAGAGGCAUCUCCGUGUCAGCCAGACCUUCAAGAAUGACUCGGGGCCCGCCCUGAGCAAUCACUUCAUGGAGUUUGUGCUGCAGGUGCCUGAGAGGCAGGUGGAUUGCCGUGUGCAGCUGCACCACUUGAGCCUCCGCUUGCCCUAUGUGGAAAGAAGCAGUCACCUGAAGGUGCAGUUCAAUGGGCGGCCGCUGUUUGUGGCAGGCGGGCAGUGGAAGGACACAUCUCGGGCCACCCUGUGGAAGUGGGAAGGAGCCUUGAAGCUGGAUAGUCCAUGGCUGAUGGUCUCUGCAGCUCACCGGCUAUACUGGCCACACCGAGCUGUGUUCCAGGCUGUCCUGGAGCUAACACUGGGCAAGGCCUGGACCCUGAAGGACCUGGUGGUCAGCGUGGCCUGCAGGAGUCAGGGCCCCAACAGGGAAGGCAAGAUCCAGGUCUACACCCCAGCUACCACCUACCUCCGGGUCUCCACGGUGACCGUCUUGGCACAGAGCCUCUUCCACAGCUGGAGUGAAGUCGAGUCAGCCUGGAACGCAGCAGUGCAGGGUGAGAUCCAUGCUGAGAACAGCCGGGACCAUAAGAUCCUGAACUGCUGGUUGAAAGGCCCCCGGCAGGAGCUGAACCUAACAGCCGCCUACAGGCACCUGGAGUGGCCCCAGAAGACCCAGGUGUCGCUGACGGCUGUGUGGACUGGUGCCCAGGGCCAACCUCAGGGCCUGCAGUUGGAGGGAGAGCUGGAGGAGCUGAGGCAAGGCAGGACAUUGUACCGGAAACGGGGGACCUUGCUCCUUAGGCACCCCUUGCUCCUGCCCAUCCCGCAGAGCCUCCUCCUGCAGGAGACCUUCACGACUGAUAGGCGACACCAGCGCUAUUCCCUGGAGACUAGAGUUGUCCUGAAUGGCCGAGAGGAAACCCUGCAGACUGUGGUCCUGGGCUGCCAGGCUGGACACCCCUACGUCUGUGCAGGUCUGAUGCAUCCAUACGAUGGCAAAGUCAUCCCCAGGAACACAGAGGGGUGCCUGGUUGCUUGGAAUCAGCACACGGCUAAGAACAGGGAGAUUGAGGCUACUUUGAAAGUCAACUGGAAAGUUGUGCUGCACUUGAAGGGUUUACAUCGUGACAGAUCUCAGCAUGGGGAAAUCCGGCACAGCCUGGCCCUGGACUUGGCCCAUUCCUACCAGCUGAGCUUCCCCCAGGCCCUGAACUUGGAUGGGGGCAUCAUCUUUAGACAGAGUCCCCGAGGAACAUUCAACUUCGGUGUGGAUGCACGAGCUGCCGUCAACCACAAUGUCACAUCCCAGGUCUCAGUCCAGCUGAACGGAUCUGACUUCGACUUUGCAUUUUUCUUCCAGCUCAAGCAUCCCAACAGACCAACAUUUCCUCCAAACUUCCAGGUGCAGGCAGCUGCCGGGCGCUACAGAGUGUGCAGCUUCAACGUGUCUCUAUCUGUGCAUAUGUCUGGCCGGGAGCUGGUUCUGCUGGAGGUCGACGCCAGCCAGGACACUCGGAGAAGCAGCCGGGGCUGGGGUGUGAGUGUCCUUCUCCACCAGGCUGUCCUCAGUGCCCCCAGGGUUGUUCGGCUGCAGCUGUCUGGAAAGAUCACCCCAGCAAGGUAAUGGUCCCCAGGUGGUCUGCAAGGAGGCGGGGACACCACAGAGGCCAAAAGGCUGAGACCUGGGCAGUCCUCACUGACAGGCCUCUCUUCUUUCCCUCCGAGACCACACCCAAGUCAGCCCCAUCGGUGCCACUGAGGGCAUGAAAAGCAGGUGGUUUUCAG